AUGCGAGUGGCGGGGCUGCGCCCAGCGCCGCCCCCGGGCCGCUUUUAUAUGGCUCAGGUCCGCACUGUUGGCGCGGACGGGUGGGAGUCCCCGCCCGGCCAGGCGGGCUGGUCAGCUCCGCUGAUCUGCGAGGAUCUGAACUCCUUGGAUCCUAACGAGUUGAGAGAGCGCGAGGGCCCGUACCUGAAUCCUGGCCUGGGACCGGGACCUCAACCAGGGCUCUCUGCUUCAGCAGCUCCCUGGGAGCCGAAGGAUGCGUGGAAAGGCCCAGAGCUCCUUUCAACAAGUGAGCCCGCAAAAGAUUACGGCUAUGGAUGGGGGGGGCUGCCCCCACCUCCAUCGAACCCUCCUCGCUUGGGUUCCGCCGCUAUUGAUGACAGUGCCAACGAGGAGUGUCUCAUCCUGGACUGCAUUUUAGAGACAGACAGAGCCCAGCAGUGUCGAGCACGGUGCAUCAUGAAUCCUCCAGACAAGUCUACAUUUACUCGGUCGUCAAAAGAUCCUCUCGCGGCCGUGGUGGAAAAGGAGAAGCGGGAGAAGGAAAAGGAGGAGAAGAACAAGGCCGAGAAGCUGCCAGAGCGGGCCGUGCAAAAGGGCGAAGCGCGAGUAUGGCAUAUCCUCAAAAAGCACAGGGACUUCUUCGGCAAGCCUGCAAAGUCUUGGCGCCAAACCCAGAUCACCUGGAGCAAGAAAGAGGCCAAAGAGUCGCUCAAGGCGCUCAAGUACAAGCUUGAGAAUGUGGCCUAUGGAGGUGGAGCACAGGCCUUGCAGAAGAAGUUCGAGAACUAUGCCCGAGCCGAGAGCGAUGACGACGUGCGCAUGGGGGUCACGUGUUGUUGCGUCUUAGGACUCAAGAAGUUCGCGUAG